AUGGAUGUUAGACAAGAAUCCCAUCAAGAUGAGGACUGUGUGAUGAAUGGGGAACUGAUACCAGCAUCCGGGAAAGAUGAGAGCCCUUUGACACAUGACCUUACCAUCACUGCGACCACUGCCACUACCCCUACAAAGAAAAUCGAGGACAAUUGUAACAGCACUGGACUCACAACCAUCAAAAAUGUGUAUAAUUCUGGCUCCAAUGAAACAGGACACUUAGAUCCCAGCAUGAGCAAUGAAUCCUUAACACACAUGGAAUCUAGAAUAGACCAAGUUUUGGACACUGAUGAUUCAAGUAAAAUCAGACUGAAUGGACUGGCUGUUGACAGUACUGUGGAAUACACCAGCAGCUGUAAACUAAAGGACGACAGGGUUGACAGCAGUACGACUGAUGCUGUGAAUGGGUCAAUAGCCAAUUCACCUGAUGAAACUCUAAAUGUCGGUAACAGCGAUGAGGGUGUUAGACAACAUGGAUUUGCACGUGCCCCUCGCCAUCGACCUGCCAGGUCCACCUUGGCCUCUGCAUGCAACAUCCUGCGUGCUGUGAACAGGGGCUGCAUGUACGCUGUGGGAGAAACGCCAGCCAUGGUGGGAGGACUGGUGCUCACCAUCCUCUUCUGCGUGACUAUGAUCAUAAUCUUUGCUGCUACACAUAGGGAUGUCAGAGUGCAUGUUGGAGCUCUCUCUGUGUUGGGUGUGGUGCUGUGCUUGAGCGUUGCCCUGCUGGUGGCGUUACCAUGGUUUCGAGUGAUGCGACGCUGCGGUGGGGUUCUGGCUCUCUUCGUCUGGGCAUUGCUGUACAUCACCGCUAUGGUCUUCGCCUUCACAGGGGGUCCGGUGUCCGCCUGGGAGCAGGUCGCGUUCUUCCUCUUCCUCUCAUUCUCUGUCUACUCUGUGCUUCCUCUCUCCCUGCUAUGGGCUCUCAUUUUUGGAAUCGGUACCAGCGUGUCUCAUAUCAUCAUCUUCAGCAUCUACAUGAGUGUCACGGCGCCCGGCACAACGGACCUGGCCGUGCAGCUGGUGGCCAAUGCCGUGUUGUUCCUGUGUGUGAACUGCGUGGGUGCGUUCCACCGAGGGCUCACUGAACGCGCCAACAAGAAGUCCAUGCGAGAGCAGCAGAACUUCAACCAGGUCCGCAUGCAGAUGGACUUACAGAAAAGACAACAGGAGCAUCUCCUGCUUUCCGUGCUGCCGCGCUACAUUGUCCUGGAGCUGAAAACGGAGGAGAUUAAGCGUCUGUCGAAGAAACCCUCCAAUGAGGAGAUCAGGCAGAACUUCCACAGCUUGUACAUCCGACAGCACAAGCACGUCAGCAUCCUCUAUGCCGAUAUCGUGGGCUUCACCAAGCUGGCCAGCAGCUGCACGCCCGAGGAGCUGGUUGCAGUCCUCAACAAACUUUUUGGUAAAUUUGAUGACAUUGCAAAGAAGAAUAAGUGCCUGCGUAUCAAGAUCCUGGGGGACUGCUACUACUGUGUGUCCGGUCUGCCUGAUCCCAUCCCUUCCCAUGCCUGCAACUGUGUGCAGAUGGGUCUGGACAUGUGCACCGCCAUCAACAACCUGCGGGAGGCAACGGGGGUCGAGAUCAGCAUGCGAGUGGGCGUGCACUCCGGGAACGUGCUCUGCGGUGUUAUAGGCAAGGAGAAGUGGCAGUACGAUGUCUGGUCGCAUGACGUCACCUUGGCCAAUCACAUGGAGUCCGGAGGUCUACCUGGGCGGGUGCACAUCACCGAGGAAACGCUGGACAACCUGGGUGGGGCGUACAAGGUGGAGGAGGGCAAUGGAGCUAGUCGGGACCCCUACCUUGAGGGCAGGAAGACAUACUUGGUCUUAGAUCCAAAGAUAAAGAGUGCCACACCGAGGAACCUUGAAGCUCCCAGGGUCUUUGACAGGAGGCUCAGGGCUUCGGUCAGGAUGUCGAAGUACCUGCAGUCCUGGAAGGCGGUGAGCCCUUUCUCAGUGCUCAACCAGCCUGCGGAGCCUAAGACCAAACCCACAGCUCACUCCACUGCCUAUGCAGAGCCACCGCACCUGGAAGGGCAAACCACUCAGACAGAUCCCACAAGUGAAUACAGUGUGUCCCCCCAGGGCUUGGAGGACGGACAAAGUGACACCUUAGAAACACUGGAUCUCAAAGAGCAGGGGAAAAGAAAGCUGAAGCUCAACUGGUUGACUCUGUACUUCAACACCUGGAAAAUGGAGAAGGAGUACCGCCUUCUGGAGAUGAUGGAGCUCUAUCUGUCUGUGAGCUGCAUGGCUCUGAUUUUCAUCACCCUCUUUGUGGUCCAAAUGCUCACCUCCCAGAAGAACGUUACCCUGGGUGUCUCCUAUGGUAUCACCUUUGUGGCGUUAGCUGUGCUUCUUCUCAUCGUCUUCACAGGGCACAUGGAGCGCUGGAGACCCAAGAUGUCGGAGGGCAUUCAGUGGGUGCUCUCUCUGUCGCAGGGAGUCGCCAAAAUGGCAGCACUGCGGCUCUUCCUGGUUAUCCUCUGCUUGCUCAUCACACUGAUCAUGGCCAUUCUCAACUUCUUCUUUCUUCCAGACCACGGCUGUGCCAAUAUCUCCCAUAAUGCAACAUCACUAGAUUCCUUCAAAUUCUACACUGCACCUUACUACCUGUAUUGCUGCCUGCUAGCCAUGUUGGGUGUGGUAGUGUUUAUUCGAACAUGCCAGGAGGUCAAGGUGCUUCUGCUCACCAUGGCUUUGCUGGUCUACCUCGUCCUAUUUCUCUACGUCUACGUCUGCCGCUCCGACCACUAUAUGCACCAGCUCUACAACGAAACCAGCCAGCCUGGUGUCUUGAAGGAGCCCAAGAUUAUGGCAGGGGUCUGGCUCUUCAUGUUCUACUUUGUUACCUUAAUACUGGUGCGAAAGGAUGAGCUGGCUUGCCGUAUGGAGUUCCUUUUGCAGCAGUGCUUUGUGAAAGAAAAAGAGGAGACUGAAACUAUGGAGAACAUCAAUGAGAAUCUCUUGCACAAUGUCCUUCCUGCCCACGUCGCUUCAGUCUUCAUUGGAAAAAAACGCAACAAUCAGGAUCUGUACAGUCAGUCCUGUGAGUGUGUUUGCGUGAUGUUCGCCUCGGUGCCCCAGUUCAAGGAGUUCUACAACGAGAGCAACGAGAACAGAGACGGGCUGGAGUGUCUUCGCCUUCUCAAUGAGAUAAUUGUUGACUUUGAUGAGCUCCUGUCUAAGCCAAAGUUUAGUGGUGUGGAGAAGAUUAAAACCAUUGGCAGCACCUACAUGGCAGCUGUUGGACUGACUGUCCCAGAUGCUGGGAUGGAGAAGAAGGAGUAUAAUGUCGCUAGUCGCCAUGUGAGAACAAUGGUAGAGUUUGCCAUUUCUCUAAGGACGAAGCUGGAGCAGAUCAACACACACUCAUUCAAUGACUUCAAACUCCGAAUUGGAAUAAAUUACGGUCCGGUAAUUGCUGGGGUGAUCGGAGCCCACAAACCUCAGUAUGACAUCUGGGGCAAUGCUGUAAAUGUGGCCAGCAGGAUGGAGAGCACUGGGGUCCUGGACAAGAUUCAGGUGACUGAGGAGACAGCAGAGGUGGUGCAGUCUCUGGGGUACGGUGUGACACUACGAGGAGUGAUCAUGGUAAAGGGGAAGGGGGAGCUCACCACUUACUUCCUCAAUACGGACCACGAACCAGUCACUCCGACACUGCUGACCCCAGAUGAGUUACCAAUCAAAAGUUAACCAUUGCUGGUUACACCAUCGCUACACACCCCAGAUCAGUGACCUGAUGACCACUGAAAAUUUGACCCUGUAUUUUUCUGUAUGUCAGCUGACACACUUGGUCCAUGAAUGACACAAAACGUCCACAUGACAUCGAAGAUGUGGCGUUGAGUUCAAGAGCCUGGGCACUGUAACCUGAAGUAUGUGGAUUCAAAUCCAAGGAUAAAUGAAGGACACCUUUUUGAGUCACUUAAAAAACCUCAAGUGUCAUGGAUUAAAACUGUGAGCAAGGACCAAGAAAGUAAAAAAAAAAAAACUCAUAUAUCUAUAUAUAUAUUUCUAUAUAUAUAUAUCAGAGCGCUGAAAAAACACAUGGAAUAAUUGUAAGAUUGUUUUUGCUGAUUCUAAGCCCUUUCUUGCAAAACUUAAUUUUUUUGUCUUGAUGGAAUAAGAGUGACAUAAGAAUAUGUUUCAGAUUAUUUAAAUGGCUUAUAAACAUGUUUCUUUUAUCACAAAAGCAAAUAAUUUAUCCGCCUAUUACGUGUCUCCUCUAGUAAAAACUGCAUCUCUGUGAGAUAAAUUGUGCAAUACUUCCCUGUAAAUAGUGUUACCGGGUAAUG